UCACCAGUCUGUUUGAGUCUCAACGAACCAGACUGACCUAGGAACUCACCGGUUCUUCACUGGUUCUUUACCGGUGGGCAAACGUGCUGUUAUCUUUUGAUUUUUAAUUUCUUCGGCCUUUACUUUGAAGAACAACACUCGGAAACUGAACCCAUCCGGUGGGAAGCUUGACGUUGUUUACAGCCCCGGUACCGGAGCUUCCCAGGUCGGCUACGGUACCGUAGAACUCCUGGUCCGGUACGGUACUGGAGCAGACCCCGUCCUACCGCACGGAGCACCCGGUAUUAUGCGGUAAGGACACCGCGUGUAGGACGAAGGUCACUGGAACCUUACGGCGCCGCACGGACCCGCGUCGAGACGCGGCGUCGCACGGACCCGCGCUCCAGACGUGGCGUCGCAUGGCCCCUCGCUCGAAACGCGCACCCGGCCCCGUUCCCCGGUUCCGGUACCAGUGGUCCAUCAAUGAUGGUUUCGUUCCACUCCGCCUCUGCUCGGCUGGGCGGGCGAUGGAAACACAACUAAACGCGUCGUUACACUCAGCAGGCCACUCCCACUACCGGCUCCGCCCCCAGACGGCAGUGGAUGGAUGAUGUCUUGGAGGAGGAGCUACUCAGGGGGCGGGGCUCCCCAGGGGCUCCAGGACACCAGGGGCAGUAAGGGGCUGAUCAACCAGCCAGGACAGAACAACUGCUUCCUCAACAGUGCCCUGCAGGUCUUGUGGCACUUGGAUAUUUUCCGCCGUAGUUUCCGUCAGAUGUCGUCUCAUCGCUGCUCUCAGGACUCAUGCGUCUUCUGCGCCCUCAAGAGCAUCUUCUCAGAGCUGCAGUCCAGCAGCCGCUCUGUGCUGCCGUCGGACUCCCUGCGGACCGCCCUGGCGCUGGCCUUCAGCCGCCAGCAGCGCUUCCAGCUGGGCGGCAUGGACGACGCCGCCGAGUGCUUCGAGAACAUCCUGAUGAGAAUCCACUUCCACAUGUCUGAGGAGAGCAGCCAGGACAACAGCUCCUCCUCCCCCUGCUCCUCCCCCUGCUCCUCCCCUCUCUGCAUCCCCCACCAGAAGUUCUCCAUGAGGCUCUAUGAGCAGUGUGUGUGUAGCAGUUGUGGAGCAUCAUCAGACCCUCUGCCCUUCAAUCAGAUGAUUCACUACAUCUCCACCACCUCACUGUGUAACCAGGCAGUGGAGAUGCUUAAGAGGAGGAGCGAUGCGUCUCCUGCUAUGUUUGGGGAGCUGCUCCGUAACGCCAGCAGUGUUGGAGACCUGCGCAACUGUCCUGCGGGCUGUGGUUCCCAGCAGCCUCUGUUCAGGGUCCUCCUCAACUCCCCGGAGGUCGUCACCAUCGGCCUCGUCUGGGACUCGGCGACCUCUGACCUCGCUGGUGACCUCAUCCACGCCCUGGGGACACGCCUCCGGCUGGGGGACCUGUUCGGUCGGGUGGAGCAGGUGAAGGCGCGGGCGGCCGAGCUGUACCUGGUGGGCGUGGUCUGUUACUACGGGCGACACUACUCCUCCUUCUUCUACCACACCCGAACCCGCAGGUGGAUGUACUGCGAUGACGAGAAGGUGACGGAGGUGGGCCCCCGCUGGAGGGACGUGGUCUGGCGCUGCAUUAGGGGCCGGUACCAGCCUCUGCUGCUGCUCUACGCUGACCCCCGCGGGGCGGCGGUGGUCCUGCACCCCCCCGACCCCCCAGACCCCCCCGCCCGCGACCCGCAGCCCCCCGGCCCCGCCGACGACAGCGAGGACUCAGGGCGGGACCUGUCCGUCUCCAGUGAUACCCGUACCGAUUCGUCCACAGACAGCUGCUCCCGCCCCCCCAGCAGACAGACAAACACAGGGGAGCCUCUGAAGGAUCACAAGGCCGCCUGCCCUCCUCCCCGCUCCUCCUCCUCUUCCUCCUCCUCCUCCUCCUCUUCCUCGAGGAGGCUCCGUGACUUCAAGGAGACGAUGACCAGUAUCAUCCACAGCCGCCCGCUCUCCUGCUCCUCCUCCUCCUCACUCCCCUCCUCCUUCCCCGCUGGCCCCGCCCCUAAAGGGCAGGACUGGGAGACGGACAGCUGCAGCAGCGAUUGGCGGGCGUGUGAGCGGGGGGGGUGGGGCGUCUGGAGGCCCAAGAGGGAGGGGCUAAACAUCGACGGCCUCUUCAGCCGCGAGAGGCGGCGGCAGGCCGGGUACAGCCCCCUUGGGGGGCCCCUGCUGGAGGACCCCCCCCCGGCCCCCCACCCUGGCCCUUACCUUAACCCUAACCUUAAACCUAGCCUUAACCCUAACCUUAAUCCUAGCCCUAACCUUAACCCUGGCUCUGGUCCAUACCUUAACCCUAACCUUAAGCCUAGCUCUAACCCUUACCUAAACCCUAACCUUAACCCUGGAUCUUACCUUAACCCUAACCUUAAGCCUAACCUUAACCCUGGCCCUUACCUUAACCCUAACCUUAAGCUUAGCCUCAACCUUAAGCCUAACCCUAACCUUAACCCUAAACCUGGCCCUAGCCCGAACCCGAACCGCAACCCCAUAUUUGGCCCUGGACAUAUUCAACCAACGCUUAAUUCUAGUAGCAACACUAUGCAGGGGGGAGGAGGUGGGAGGCAGGGGGGAGGAGGUGGGAGGCAGGGGGGAGGAGGGAUUCAGAGGACGGAGAGCGGUUAUGAAUCCAGCGAGAGAAACAGCAGCCCAGUAGACCGGCCCCCCGGUCCACUGGGCCUCCAGACCCCCUGCAGAUCCUCCGGUCGCAGUGAGCUGGACGAGCUCCAGGACGAGGUGUGGAAGCAGGCGAGAGAGGAAGAGGAGCAGACAGAGAGGGAGAGAGAGAGAGAGGCAGCCAUGGGAUUUAACCCCACACCCAGCAAGGUCCUGGACCUGGACCAGCUGCAGAUACAAGGCACCAGGGUCAGGGCCGAGCGGUGUGUAUCUGAGGCGGAGCUUCAUUUGGACCAAUCAGUGCGUCUGGAGAAGGCGGGAGAGGUGGCUGCUGCCCUCUCAGUGGUCAACGAAGCUGUCACAAAGCUCACAUCCACGCUAGCAGGGAUUCAUCCAAGCAACCAGCGCAGGAGAACUGGCUCACAGGCACGUCUGCAGGGCUGCCUGCAACGAGCACGAAGCCUACAGCAACGCAUGCUGCUGCAGCAGGAAGUACAGCAAAAACUAAAGCAGGAAGUAGAGCAAAAAUUACUGCAGGAAGCACAGCAAAACCUAAAACAGGAUGUACCACAUAAACUGCAACAGGAAGUACAACUGAAAAUACAUCCAGAUGUACUACAAAUACAAUGGGACGUAAAACAAGAAAAACUACAACAACAGGAAGUAAAACAACAGCUGAAACUACAACAGAAUGCACAACAAAAGCAGAAAUUACCAAAUGAACUACUAGCAAUAUUAAGCCAAGAAAAUAUUUAUUCUAAUAAGAACCAUCAGUAUCACCAUGGAUACGGUCAACAACCACGACCCUUCCUCCUGCUAGCAUCAGCUGGCUUCCUGGAGGAGGCGGAGCUACAGCUACCACAGGCCUCCAGUUCAAAGCCUGUCUUGCUCGAAGUACUUCUGACAGACAGACAGGAGCACCAAGCCCCGCCUCCUGUUGACUCCACCCCCAUUAGGCUGGCCCCUACAGGUUCACCCCGGGAGGACUGCAGGGGGGCUGACGAGUCCCUCCCCCCCCCUCCUCCAGGCCACGCCCCACCAACUGGCCACACCCAUAAAAUUACAGAUAGGCACAGACGCACACAGGCCCCUCCCCCUUUCAGCUCAGCCCCACCCCCUUCUGCCAUGGCAACCAUGUCUGUGGAGCACCGGCCGCAUGCUGAAGGCCCGACCGACCAAUCCCAGGACACCCUGCGCGGCUCGACCAUUCAGGACACGUCUGAGCUGGACGCCUUGUACCGGGCCAGCCUGCGAGCUCCCAGAAUGCAGCGGGGCAGCAGAAACAGAGCCAGCAGGUCUACGACGCCCACAGCAGAGAUGGAGAAAUACCCCGACCGAACCCCACCCACCCUACAGUUCCAGGGAGGUUUCCAUGACGAUGAGGACGACAGUGCAGGGAGCCUGCGACGCACCAGCCGACGGCUGAGGGCCCGGGCCCGCCCCGACCGAUACCGCUCCUCCCCUCCUCCUCCUCCUCCUCCCACAGAGCACUCAGAUCAGACUGACAGGAGUUCCCCCGAGCUGAGGAACCUCGCUGGCCAGGCUCUACAGCACCAGCCCCGGGCCCCAUCCGCCUUGCUCUAGGGGUCCAGAGGAGCCCCACCUGCCUCCAGGGGAGCUCCACCCUUCAUCGGCCUACUCUACCCUGCCCCCCGACUCCAGCCCCCACCCCUCCAAGAACACCAGUCCUCCAGAACCCCAACAUACUCCAGAACUCUGAGCUGCUGCUAGGGCAACAGAACCAGUCCUCUAUAAGCCAGUCUUACUUCGGUGAAACAUUCCCAAACCUCCUCUAUAUUCCAAGCCGGAUCUGAACUUGAACUCAACGCUGGAGGUGGAUCCUAGUUCAAGAGACUAUAGCUAAACAGGUGUCGUUUGUAAUGGACUUAUCUUAUAUAUUCAAUACAUAAUGGUUAUAUUACAAUGUCAAUUUAAAUCCUUGAUUACCCCAGGUCUGCCAUGUGUAGCUAGAGAUGACUAGGGUGUCUGCACUGAACAGUGGCUGUAGUCGGGUGUGGACUGCUGUCCAGAGCUGGACACAGUGCCACCCCAACAUCCUGAUGCUGAAUGUCCGGCAUGCGACGUCACCAUUAGGAUGCAUUCUGGGUUUAUUUUUCUGAUCUAGUUGUGUGCUUCCCCUAAACUGCACAUUUAUGCCGCAAAAUGAUCCCGUCUCUACUGCUGGCAAGUGUUCAGCAUGAGCUCAGCCUGGUUAACCUCAUCAGUACCUCUGAAGUGUUUAUCGUUUUACUACGGAUGGGUUUCCUAAUUGCGUGGAUUGAAAGUAUUGUUGAAUAAAGCAGGCGGAGGCAGA